UCCUCAACCGAACGUAACUCAUUCACAUAUUUCGACCACAAAAUAGCAUUCUUAUCUCUCUUUCUUCCCUUUGCAUUUCCUACAUCCAAUGUCCAAGAUGAGAUCUGAUCGCCGGCCCCCGCUUGCCAGAUCGCCCUUGCGUCUCAGAUCUCGUCGUGUACCUCAAUCCAAUUCAACAACAUCGAUUCAAACGCCCCCCGGUUCUUUGACAAAAUCUCAGAAAAUGAUCCGUCCUUCGGAUCUGCAAGAAUCGGAACUCCGACCUGAGUAUCGGACGAUAUCUUGCGAAUUACGAGCUCUGGCAAGCAUGGUUAGGAUGGAAUUGGGAUGUAUAGAAUCUGAAGGCAACGGAGUAGGCGAUAAAUUGAGCGUGAAUUCGAGUUCUCUGUUUGAGCGAGGGAGGUUUUACGACGAGUACUCCGCCAGGAGGAACGAGAGGCUUAAGAAGAGAAAGAAAGCAGAAACCGUGGCGGAGGUAAAGACUCCGUACAACCUCGGUGUGACGGUAGAAUCUUCGAAACGGCAGAGUUCUAAGAAGCUUGUGAAUAGCUUGAGGAAAUCGGUUUCUGCAGCAUAUUCUGCGGAGCGGAGCGAGACAGCUCCAAGGUAUUUGCUGCGUAGCAUGAUGAAGGAGAAUAAGAAGCCUCCAUUGCCGGUGAAUUUAGAGAAAUCAAUGAUUGGUGGAGGUGAAAGGAAAAUGGUCACUCGAAGAGCCCGAAGAAUCUGAAGAAUUAGGGGUGAAAAUCAGAUCUUGGCGAUCUUUAUUUGGGAUCUGAUGGUUAAAGAAAGUUGAUUAUUAGUUUUUCUUUAAAUAUAUGUUUGGAUUUGGAUUUUGGGUAGGAAUUGUGUGCUUAGUGUAAAUGUUGGGUUUGCUUAAAGAAUUUUCCAAUUCGGAAAUAUCUGACCACACUUAGCGCUGCCGCUAUGAUGGGAUUAAGAGAGAGAGAGACAUAGAGCAGCACAUUAGCUUUUAGGGGCCUUAUCUAAGUUUUUGCUAAUAAAGUUUUUUUGUUCA